AUGAAGUUCUUAAUAAUCUGUUCGUUGAUAGCGUUGGUCGUGGCUCAGCCAGCGAAAAAUGAACUCUGGAAGGGUACCAAUUUGGAUCAAAUGGUCGAUCAGACCAAAUCCGAGUGCGCGCAGAAAAACGACGAGGUAUCCUGCAUGAAGUUCAAAGUUCUCAAUCUUCUCGAUCAAUUAUUCCGCAAGGACAGCUUCAAGGUAUCCGAGUCAGUGGAGGUAACACGUAACUCGUAUCCAGCCGAAGAUGUGUCUGCACGCGGUGAAGGAUCAUUCAUCGAUACCGUACAAUCCUAUUUGACUACUCACGACGUAACAUUUAAAUUACCACUGGAAUCUACCGUCAAAGUUAGCUCGAGAAACAUCGACGACGACAGGAUUACCUUUGACGUCCAGUUUGGUCAAGGUCGUGCCGUUGAAGAAGCUCGCAAAUCUAAAUUGAAGAAGGUCGUCAUACCGAUUCUCGUGUUCGUCCUGUUGAAGGCCAUGACACUGAUUCCAUUGGCCAUUGGUGUUCUUGGAUUGAAAGCAUGGAACGCACUUCAAUUGUCAUUCUUCAGUUUCAUCAUUUCCGUAGGCAUGGCCAUUUUCCAACUUUGCAAAAAGAUUGCAGCCGAAAACCACGCUGCACCCCUUGCCGCUCAUGGUCCUUGGGAAUAUCAAACGCAAUACAGAUCAUUCUCGAAUCAAGAACAAGAACCUUCCUCGCAAUACGCGCAAAAUCUCGCCUAUUCGGGAUACGCACAAUCGUAA